AUGGACAGUUUUAUGCUGCGCGAUGAGGCCGCGCGCGAUCGAGUGCGCCAGGCCGAAGAGUUCCUCGAUCCACAUGACCAAAAUGUGCGAAGCUACAGGUCCGACAUCAUCCUGAUGCUGCAGAAGAACCAGAGGAGAUUGGUAGUCAACAUAGACCAUGUCCGCGACCACAACCCACAAAUUGCAGAGGGGCUCCUCGUGGAGCCCUUCGACUACACUCUCGCCUUCAACCAUGCCCUCAAACAAAUUGUCAAGACAAUCCCACAGGCGCGCCCAGACCAGACCGAUGAUGAAGUCAUGUACUACUGUGCCUGGGCUGGCAGCUUCGGACUGCACGCCUGCAACCCGCGCACCCUUUCCGCCCACCACCUGAAUCAUAUGGUUUCCAUUGAGGGUAUCGUGACAAGGUGUUCCCUCAUCCGACCCAAGAUUGUCAAGAGUGUGCACUACAACGAGGCCGAGAACAAGUUUCACUUCCGGGAAUAUCGCGACCAGACCAUGACCAACGGCGUCACCACAAACAGCGUCUACCCACAAGAAGACGACAAGGGCAACCCGCUGAUGACAGAGUACGGCUGGUGCACCUACAGGGACCACCAGAGCAUUUCCAUACAGGAGAUGCCAGAACGAGCCCCGGCUGGGCAGCUGCCUCGUGGUGUCGAUGUCAUUCUCGAUGAUGACCUAGUCGACCGGGUCAAGCCUGGUGACCGGAUUCAGCUUGUGGGUAUUUACAGGACGCUGGGUAACAGGAACGCGAACCACAGCAGCGCUCUGUUCAAAACAAUCAUACUGGCCAACAACAUCGUCCUUCUUGCGUCCAAGUCUGGCGGCGGCAUAGCCACAGCCCCAAUCACCGAUACCGACCUGCGAAAUAUUAACAAGGUGGCAAAGAGCAAGAAUCUGUUCGAGAUGCUCUCCCAAUCGCUUGCGCCUAGCAUCUUCGGCCAUGACCACAUCAAGAAAGCGAUCCUUCUCAUGCUCCUGGGUGGCAUGGAGAAGAACUUGGAGAACGGCACCCACUUGCGUGGUGAUAUCAACAUCCUCAUGGUUGGUGACCCCUCUACCGCCAAGUCACAGCUCUUACGAUUCGUCCUCAACACUGCUCCUCUGGCUAUUGCGACGACUGGCCGUGGAUCUUCAGGUGUAGGUCUGACAGCUGCGGUCACCUCCGACAAGGAGACAGGCGAGCGGCGUCUGGAAGCAGGUGCCAUGGUGAUGGCCGACCGCGGCGUAGUCUGUAUCGAUGAGUUCGACAAGAUGUCCGACAUUGAUCGUGUCGCCAUCCACGAAGUCAUGGAGCAGCAGACUGUCACGAUUGCGAAGGCUGGCAUCCACACGUCGCUCAACGCACGAUGCAGUGUCGUUGCAGCUGCCAAUCCCAUCUUCGGCCAGUACGAUCCCCACAAGGAUCCUCACAAAAACAUUGCGCUGCCCGACUCGCUUCUCUCGCGUUUCGAUCUUCUGUUUGUCGUCACGGACGAUAUCGAGGACACCCGCGACCGGCAAGUAUCGGAGCAUGUCCUUCGCAUGCAUCGAUACCGCCAGGCCGGAACAGAAGAGGGCGCACCUGUGCGCGAAAAUGUCCAACAGUCCCUCAGCGUUGGUGGUCAGGCGCAAACGGACUCUCAAAAGCCCACCGAUGUCUACGAAAAGUACGACGCGAUGCUUCACGCCGGCGUCGUUGGCCGCGGCUCCAAGAAGCCCAAGGUCCUCAGUAUCCCCUUUAUGAAGAAGUAUAUCCAGUACGCGAAGAACCGCAUAAAGCCCGUGCUAUCCCAAGAUGCCGCGGACCGCAUCGCCGAUAUUUAUGUUGGCCUGCGUAAUGACGACCUCGAGGGCAACCAGCGUCGUACGAGUCCCAUGACGGUUCGUACUCUCGAGACGCUCAUCCGUUUGGCAACCGCGCACGCCAAGUCACGUCUGUCGAACCGCGUUGAGGAGCGCGACGCUUUGGCUGCGGAAAGCAUCCUGCGAUUCGCGCUGUUCAAGGAGGUCGUCGAGGACGAAUCCCGCAAGAAGCGCAGGCGGACAACGGCGCAGCCCUUGAGCUCUGACUCAGAUGAUGACUCCUCGAGUGAUGACGACGAAGACGGUGACCAGCGUGCAUCAGCACGGAACAGCCGUUCGGCACGCGCAUCUGCAAGAGCAAGCCGGGCCAACGGCCGCGGGAGGCAAAAUGGCACCAACGGGACCAACGGGCAUACCAAUGGCACGCAUGAGUCCUCAGAACAGCCAGAUGAUGAAGAUGAGGUCGAGGACGCCACGCCCCGACGCUCCAACCGCACGGCCGCCAGCAACGGUCAAUCCCAAUCACAGUCCAACCUCUCCUUCGCCUCGUCACUACCAGCCUCGCAACUGGAGUCGCAAAGCGCGGGCGAGAGCCAGGACGACGCGCAGCUGGCCAGUGGCGCUGCCGGCCUGAGCCUGGAUGCCGAAGCCGCCCCAAUCAGCGACGAGCGGUUCUCUGCGUUCAGAUCUGCCUUGGGCCCGCUUAUGAACACGGAUUUGUUCGAAGAGGAUGCUGCCGAUGUAGAUGAGCUCAUCAAGAGCGUCAACGCACGAAUAGGCUCUCGCAACGGCGGUGAGUUCAGCAAGGAGGAAGGCAUCAAGGCGCUGAAGAGGAUGGAUGAAUAUGCCAUGAGCAUCAUGUAUACCGACGGACAGCUUGUGUAUAAGAUCUAA